CUCGGAUAUAUUGAGCGGGCUAGUUUUAUAUUUAACAAAAUAAUAACAAACAGGCAUUCAAAACGAAAGCAUAUAUUUUAUCCAAUACAACGUGAAAAAGUAUGCACAUUGAUUAUACUGUAGGAUAAAAACAUGUGGAUAAAAACAGAAUUGUGGCUUGUUAUUGUUAUGGUCACGAUGACCCCGAAACUAAGGGAACACAAACAGAACUGGAUCCUCUCCGUUACUAUGACACUUAGGUUUAUGGCAUGCAUAGAGUGUGCACCUUCUUCACAAGGCAGAGCAUGUCAUGAACUGAAAGAAUAUAAGAUGAAAUACCCGGAUGGCACAAGUAACUGCGUUCCUUGCUCAAAGUGUCAAAAAGGACAAUGUGUUGCCAGCCAUUGUUUUGAAUACACAGACACUACAUGCCGAACGCCCCGUCAGAAUGAAUACAUUGAAGGACAUGUCUGCACGGUUUGCAGUGAUUGUGGAAAUAAUAGGAUCGUACUUCGAAACUGCACAAAACAUGCUGAUACAGAUUGCGGGGACUGCGAAUCAGGCUAUACAUGGGACCCAAUGAUUGAAGAUUGCGUGUUAUCAAACAACGCGAUCGUAUCUUCAUUGCCAAGAGCAUCCAUUGCAUUCAUAGCAGAACCAUCUGGGUAUUUCACAACGCUAAAACCAGAGCAAAGGGUAACUCCUCAGGAAGGAAUACCUGGUGUACCUGGGAACGCUUGGAUAUAUGUCGUUGGCGUUGUUGGAGGGCUAGUGGUACUGGUAGUCUUAGGCCUCGGAUUUGUAUUGGCCUGUGUCAAAGUUAAAAAGUGUCAAAAGCAAAGAUAUACCCACAGGGGUGAGAAUGAAAGAAGAGACAACAAUGAAAGUUCAGCUACGUUAUUAGAGGACAACCGCGAUGACAAAGGAGUGGAAAAUGCAUCGUCAACUGAUUGCCAACAAAGUAAAGAGUCUGAACAAUACCAUUCGGCCUCAAAUGAUGAAAAAGGUAUCAACCUGUUUACAAACGGUCAUGCAUCGUGCAACAUGGAUGGAAAGCAGGAGCCAAUAGAACGAAUCCCAUGAUUACUACAUUAACUUCCAUCAACAAGUAUCUGUGAUAUUCAAACGUCAUAAUCAAACCAUCCAACGCGUGUGUUCAUGACGUUUAAUGAAGUUGACUUGAGACAUUUUAUUCUACAUCUUUUUAUAUGUACAUGGUACGCAAUUGUAGAUAUCGCAUAA